AUGCUCACUGUCCUCAUUCUUUGCUUCGUCAUUCCCUUGGUACAAUGUCAAUCGAUAAUUCCUGCAGCGAUUCCCCUCGCUGUUCGAUCUCCUUACUUGCAAGCUUAUCUAGCCCGCAAUACUGGUGCAGCUGUUCCUAAUUCGUGGCCGGUAUUCUGGACGAAUCAUAUUGUAGGCUGGAGUGGGCUGAUGCGUGUGGAUGGUGAACUUUAUGAGUGGUUGGGAGGGGCUAUUGAAGGGCCCGAUCUACAACUGGCUAACAAUGCUAUCGCAAAGCCUGUCAGCCUCACCGGAAUUCAGAUAAAACCUACUCGUUCCAUUCUUAGCCUACAAGCAGGACCAAUGGCACUCAAUGUUACUUUUCUUAGUCCAAUCGAGCCUUCGAACCUCGUCCUUCAAUCCUUCCCAUUCACUUAUAUUUAUAUGGAACUUUCGUCGACCGAUGGAAAUUCGCAUUCAGUACAGGUUUACGAGGAUAUUAGCGGAGAAUGGACUGCAUUCGACCUCAAUAGCCAAGUGCAAUGGAACACCACUAUCAGCAAUUCCAUCAUCUAUCACGAAGUUCAGCGUUCCCCGCCUCAAUACAUGACCGAAUCGAACAACAUGGCUAGUGAUCCUGUUGUUUAUCAUGUUACAAAUUGGGGAUCGAGCGUCACUUACCAGUCGGGCUCCGACGUUGAUGUCCGGAGUCAAUUUCUCAACAACGGGAAUCUUACGAAUAACCAGGACAUAAACUUUCGUGCAAUAAACGAUUCUUGGCCAGUUUUCGGAUUUUGCAACAAUCUAGGAGAAAUCUCUUCCACCUCAUCACCGGUUGUAUGGGGUAUCGGUCUUGUGAGAGAUGGAGAUAUCAUCUACUCGACUUCUUCCGGGAACCAAACUCGAAGGCCGUAUUUCUUUACGAAGUAUCAGGAUGUUCCCUCUGCAUUGAUUGAUCUCAUGGGCGACUCUUCGGAUGCACUGCAACGAGCCAUUGCUCUAGACGAUCAGAUCGUUUCGGCAGCCAACACGAUUUCUUCCGACUAUACCGACCUCGUUUCACUCGCAGCCAGACAAGCCAUGGCUGGCAUGGAAAUUACCGCUGGGACUGGCACAGAUGGACAACUCAAUUCCUCAGACAUACAAAUUUUCAUGAAAGAUAUAGGGAAUUCUCAGCGGACCAACCCAGUUGAAGUCUUGUAUGCGUCGUUACCGGCUUUCAUCUAUCUAAAUGCGUCUUGGACUCGGUACCUCUUAGAGCCGCUGAUGCAAUUCGAACAAUCAGGUUCGAGUAUACCUUCGUUUGCUUCAUAUGAUUUGGGCAGUGCAUUCCCGUCUGCCAUCGUCAAUAGCCCCUCGGUGUUCACUGCAAUCGAGAGCACAAGCGACAUGCUCUUUAUGGUGUGGGCUCAUGCGACGUUCACUGGAGAUGGAUCGUUGAUAUCACAAUAUUAUCCUACUUUGAAGAAAUGGACCGACACACUCGUAUCAGAAAAUCCAUUAACUCCGAAUGGCUUCAUCACCGCGGACGGGUUGUCAAACGACAAUAUGACAAACCUGGCGAUCAAAGGCAUUCUUGCUAUUCGGACCAUGGCUGAGAUUAGCCAUACGUUUGACAAUACGGAUGAUUACAAUAAUUAUCUGAGCAUUGCUUCUUCCCUGGUCUCCCAAUGGCAGAAUCUCGCGCAAUCUUCCGGUCAUUUGACUUCAACGUAUGGGGCGUCCAGUUCCUGGAGUUUGAUGUAUAAUCUUUACCCUGAUAAACUUUUUGGUUUCAAUUUUGUGGACGAAACGUUCUACACCGCCGAGAGUUCUUGGUAUGCUAGCCUCGCUUCAAAUGCAUACGGUCUGGGUUUUGAUACCCUCAAUCAGAGUGUAGCAAAAUCUCAUUGGACCCUUUUCACGGCUGGCAUCGUCAAUGAUAACACGACAAGGGAUCUCUUAGUGUCAAUGGUUCAUGAGGGUGCCGCGAACUUGGCAGCAUUUACUGUAUUUCCUACGACGUACAAUACUUCCAGUGGCAAAAAUCAGGGUGGUACAGCCAGCCCUGCUCAAGGAGCUAUGUUUGCUUUGCUGGCACCAAAGUGA